AUGGAUGAAAUUCAACAACAACAAGUUGUGAUGCAAGGAGAAAUUGACUCUAUCAAAGGAAAAGUCGAUCAGAUUCUCGAGGCGAUGUUGAUUAUGGAUAGAAGGGAAGAGGAGAUUCGUAAUUUCGUUACUGAUUGGAAUGAUGUUUUGGUCCAAAGGCCGGUUCCACAUCCAAGACCUACGGUUCUAGUUCCCAAUCAUGUGAUCUAUGGCCUUCCUCCAGGAUUUACUCCUCCAUUUGAUGGAGUUAUUACUCACCUGAUACAUACCUUUAGGGUCACUGAUGGAGUUGAUACACAAGGGUCGUUUGUUGUUAAUCAAAUCCACAUUCCUCGUAUUGAUGAGAAGCUCCAUGAUGAGUACGAAAUGCAAAAUUAUCAUGGUGUUACUCUGGUGGUUAAUCCUGCUACUGCUCAGGAUUCAGAAGUUAUCCUAAUCUGUCGUUCCUUUGUAGAAAAACUGAGGGUCAUAGAGGGGCAUAACACAACCAGCUUGAGUGAUUUAGAAAUCUGUCGAGUGUCAGAUGUGGUGAUCCCUCCUAAGGUCAAAGCGCCAGAAUUUGAGAAGUAUGAGGGCCUUAGAUGUGCUAAUAUCCAUCUGAAGAUGUAUUGCCGAAAGAUGGUUGCAUAUGCCCGAGACGAAAAAAUCAUGAUUCAUUGUAUCCAGGAUAGCCUGAAUGGAGAGUCUCUGGAUUGGUAUGUGAAAUUGGAGCACAACAACAUUCAUACAUGGGUUGAGUUGGCUGAAGCAUUCGCGAAGCAAUAA